GACGACGGGAUGAACGCCGUGAUGAGAAAUCCCGCAAUCAGCUCAACUUCAACAUUCCUUCGAUUUUCUUUGCGAAGAUUCGGAAAUUGAGACACCGGCGACUGGGUAGAUUUGCAAGGCGGCGAUGUCACUCUGAGUCUUCUGGAAGAGGGGGAAUUGAAAGGCAGAAUGGCUCUCAGAAGGCGGCAGCCGGGAAUGAAUUCCAUGAUUGCGGAGCCAAUGCCAAUCCCAAUCCCGCCGGCAGACGUUGAUGUCGACACCAGCUCCUCUUCUUCGUCGCUUGCUGCCAAAGCCAUCAGAGCAUCUUCCGCCGCCAACAAGGACUCCUCCCUCUCCUCCGCUUAUGCCUCCCUCCAUGCUUCUUCUGCUUCCCCUCUCUCCGACACAUCUUCUCUCCUCAACACUCAGGAGAGGGAGACCAAGCCUCAUGGUGAGUACACCUCAGAGAAAAGUCAAAAUGAAUCCAAGCAAGGAUUUUGGGGCUCUCUGGCUAGGAAAGCUAAAGCCUUUUUGGAUGAUGAUGAUAAUGAACCCCAGCAGUUUGAAUCAGGUGGAAGAGCUAUUAAGCAACAGAUGCCCGAAAGACCAGCCACAGACAGGUACCAAAAUGCAUAUGAAGCACCUAAGAACCGUGGCAAAACAGACAGUGCUGCGUUACAGAAGGGCCUUGGUGCAAUUACAUCAUCCCUAAACUACAUUGGUAAUGCUGUUGAGGAGGGUUUUACGAUUGUAGAGAAUCGAACGGCAGGCAUCAUUGAAGAGACACGCAAGCAUAUAAGGAAAAAACCUAGCGGUUCUUUGGCACAUAAUCAAGCGGCUAAACAGCUCCAAGUGCCACAGAUGCAGACUGAUCAAGAAAUUCAAUUGAAGGCAUCUCGCGACGUCGCGAUGGCUAUGGCUGCUAAGGCAAAACUUCUUCUUAGGGAGUUGAAAACUGUCAAAGCUGAUUUCGCUUUUGCCAAGGAGCGAUGUGCUCAGCUGGAGGAAGAAAAUAGAAUUCUUCGUGAGAAUCGUGAAAGGGGAGACAACCCAGAAGAUGAUGAUAUGAUAAGACUUCAACUCGAGACACUCUUGGCAGAGAAGGCACGAUUAGCACAUGAAAAUUCCGUCUAUGCACGCGAGAAUCGCUUCUUAAGGGAGGUGGUGGAAUAUCACCAACUUACAAUGCAGGAUGUUGUGUACUUGGAUGAGAGAACUGAAGAAGUCACUGAAGUUUAUCCCGAUUCAUUGAUCAACACAAAUGCCAUCACCGUCUCUGCCCAUCCCAUGACACAAGCUUCCAACCGACCAAGCAAUGCCACCUCCAACCAGGCCCCGUGAAGCAAUCGUGCCCUGAAUUAGAUGGCAGAGGAUGCAGGACCCUCGCUUUGAAACUGUAACAACGUAUAUUUCUAUUUAUAUUUAUUUAUCAGAUGAAAAUGUCAAUCGUGUACGACUACUGUAAACACUUCUGCUUUGCGCAGUGAUAAACCUGUGGAAUCGCCCUGAAUGAAUCAUACUUCACUUU